AUGACUAUCUCGCAAGAACUAUCCUCAUUCUUCUCUCCGUCUUACGUGGAAACCUCCCCAGCCCCCGAAAUCGGAGCCAAAGCCCCGUCAUGUCCAGAGUUGCCCUUUCCAGCAGAUAAUGGAAAACCAACUAUCAUAUCAUUCCUCCGACAUUGCGGGUGUCCAGUCACCGAGGCAGCAUUCCUAAAAAUGCGCACCGCCUCAGCUCAACACCCUGAUAUCAACUUCAUAACAAUAUCGCACAGUGACCAGGAAUCUACAGAGAAAUGGUUAGACGCCGUAGGUGGGUCUGAGUCCGGGGAUGGAUCAUCAGUUACCAUGGUCGUCGAUGCCGACCGUCAAAUCUACGCAAGGUGGGGGCUGGGUAUCGUUUCCUGGGGCCAUCUUUGGAAUUUCGCGGGCCUUGCAUCGAUCUGGAAACUGGGCAGAGAGGACGGGAUCUGGCAAAGGCCUACUGAGAGUGGGAAUCGAUGGCAGUCUGCUGGGAGUUUCGCGGUUGAUGCGGAGGGUUAUGUGCGAUGGGGACGGGCUGCUGUGCGGGUGGAUGAUAUGGUUGAUAUUGAGGCGGCUAUUGCUGCGUUGCGGGCAUGA